AUGAUGUGUAUUGUUUCAAAUUCAAAGGGAACCCCAGGUGAUAGUCAGCCAGUACUUCCUUUGCUGCAGAUUGAUGGAUUUUUGGUGCCUGUGACAAGUCACUUGUACCUUAAUCUUAGAAUUAAUUUGAAAAAUGAAAACAUUUAUAUCUACAAUGGCAAAAAAACGAAGGCAUUUGGCUCACUCACGGAAAAAGCAUUGUGGAUACCUAAGUACAGAUGCUUGAAGACUAGAAGGGAAGAAAAUUCCAUAGCAUGGAUGUCAAAAUGCUAUCUACCUGCGUCGAAAGAAGGAAUGGCAGGCGUUUACAUUGAACAACCCUGUGUGAGGGAUAAAAAUUAUUUUUUAUCAAGCUGGGAUGCAACCAAUGCUGCUGUUGGUGUUGCAGCAUAUUUCGCCAUAGAUCAUGUUGAGCCAUAA